AUGCCCGAGAUCUGGGAGACGGAGCGGCUGCCGGCUCUUGAGGAGCUGCGGCCAGAGAAGGAGCUCUUGGAGGAGGAGCGCGUCUCGAUCAGGUACGGCCGGGAGAUGGUGCGUGCUGUGGGCAAGCGCAGCCACGCCAAGUCGCUCGGCGAGGGUUGCGGCCAGCACGAACACGAGGCCGCGUGGGCUACGCUCCGAGGCCUCGAGGACGGCGCGCUCGAGGCAGUCGCCGUUGGCUUUGCGGAGCAUGAGUGCAGCGCGCUGGGGACGGAGCUUCGAGCCGGCUCGCGCAACUUUGCGCGGCUCUUCCUCUCCGCCGAGGGGCUCAGCUUGCUGCAGGCUGUGGCAAUGGAGCUACACGGCCUGAGCCUCGAGCACUGCUGGGCGUGGGACGUGGUUGGCGAGAGGCACGAAGAGGAGUACUCGGUGGUGUGGGGCGUCAAGCGCCUCCUCAGCCGCAUCCACGUCGUGAUGGUGAGGAAUCACUUGGUCGAGGACCGCUCCAACAGGGCGGUGGGGCGGCGGGACUGCUGCGCCCACACGCCGGGGAUCUGCCUCGAGUACUUUGACGCGAGCCGAUCGGUCAAAUGGUGGAGCUUGCACCCAUGCAUGCACUGGGUGUGCGACCCGUGCUUCAACCAGCUGAUCGAGGGGCCGCUGAUCCAGCAAAGGGAGCGCCUCCGGGCCGAGGCCAAGGCGGAGGCGGAGAUGGCGACGACGCGCCGAGAGGCGGCGACUAAGUUGGAGGCGUCCAUCCAAGAUGCCGGAGCUGGACAGCUGCAUGGUGUGGUGCAGGCGCUCGACCGCCUCGCGACAGAGACGGAGGAGAAGGCGAAUCAUCUCUUUGAAGAAUCGUUCGGCACCGGUGUGCCCGCAGGCUCCGGCUCAGACGUCUCGUCGCCAUGGCUGACGCACGACUGGUCCGACGUGCGGUGGGAGUUUGACCUCAGACAGGCCGUCGGUGUCGGCGGGCUGACGGCGGCCGCCGGAAUCGCGAUUCGCUCUGCCAGCUGCCAGCAGCCUCGUGUCGCGGCUCUCACAGGCGAGGAAGAGCGCGCCGGGCGGGCGCCGCUGACGCUGCAGAUGGACAAGUCGGCGCUCGCCGAGCGCGACCCAGAUGGGACGUCGCUCCUGUCGUGCAAGAUCAAUUUUGCGAGUUCGACGACCUUCUCGAUGUCGCCACUUGGCCCUGGCCAGGACGAGUUCAUGACACCCGCCCUCAUCGAGUACGUGUGGGAGUACAUGAAGCACGGAAACCUCGACGUGACGCCCACGCUCGAUGCCGCCGACGCCGAACGUGCGCUGGAGUACUUUGGCUUCUCGGGCCUCGCGGUGACUGUGCCCGACAGUGACCCGCGUGCGCUCGGCAAGCAGAUCGCCUACAAGGUCCACUGCGACUCGAUGAAGGCCGCGAGCCCCAUUGUGCAGUGGAUCAAGAAGACGAUGCUCGUUGGAAAUGUCGGGAUCGCCGGCGUGCACUUGAUUGUCGAUGACCAUCGCAACAAUCCGCGCACGAACCAAUACGGCGUGAGCGAGGAUGCCCUCCUCGGCAUGUACUCAGUGUCGCCCCCGGGCACGCUUGUGCUGCGGCUCGGCGAUUAUGCCGGCGAGACCAGCUACGAGGGAGUCUUCCGCCUGCUCUCUGGCGACGACAAGACGGCAAAGGCGCUGCGCGAGAAGAUUCAGCGUGACGUGACGGCGCUUGGCGGGCUCAACGUCGCGUGGGAGCGCAAGAGCACGCCAGUCAAGGACGUCGGUGAGUAUGGCAGCCGUGACUUCGAGAGGGAGUACCGGCACGUCCUCAAGAUCACGCUCGACACCGCUGCAGAACCAGAGGAGGGCAUCAAGCGCCGCAAAGUGGCGUGA